CGCUACGGACCGAUCAUGGGUGACUGGAGCUUUCUGGGUAAUAUUUUAGAGGAAGUGAAUGAGCACUCAACGGUGAUCGGCCGGGUGUGGCUCACGGUCCUCUUCAUCUUCCGCAUCCUCAUCCUGGGUACGGCGGCAGAGUUUGUGUGGGGCGACGAGCAGUCAGACUACGUUUGCAACACGCAGCAGCCCGGUUGCGAGAAUGUGUGUUACGAUGAGGCAUUCCCCAUCUCCCACAUCCGCCUGUGGGUUCUGCAGAUCAUCUUUGUGUCCACGCCAUCUCUGGUCUACGUGGGCCAUGCCGUGCACCACGUUCACAUGGAGGAGAAACGCAAGGAGCGCGAGGAGGCCGAGCUGAGUCGCCAACAGGAGCUGAGUGAGGAGCGGCUGCCACUAGCGCCUGACCAGGGCAGUGUGCGCACCACCAAGGAGACCAGCACCAAGGGCAGCAAGAAGUUCAGGCUGGAGGGCACCCUGCUCAGGACCUACAUCUGCCACAUCAUCUUCAAGACGCUGUUCGAAGUGGGUUUCGUAGUGGGCCAGUACUUUCUGUACGGCUUCCGCAUCCUGCCGCUGUACAAGUGCAGCCGCUGGCCCUGCCCCAACACCGUAGACUGCUUCGUGUCCCGGCCAACAGAGAAGACAGUCUUCAUCAUUUUCAUGUUGGCCGUGGCUUGCGUCUCGCUCUUCCUCAACUUUGUGGAGAUCAGCCAUCUGGGCUUGAAGAAGAUCCGCUUCGUCUUCUGGAAGCCAACCCCGGGGCAAGCCCAGGGUGAAGGCCUGAACCCCAUGCCCCCCCCAGGGGGGAUCCUCAAGAGCCUGCCCCCCCUGGCCGUGCCUUCCAUCCAGAGGGCCAAAGGCUACAGGCUGCUGGAGGAGGAGAAAGCCCCGUCCGUGACCCACCUCUAUCCUCUGGCAGAGACGUGCAUGGAGGCAGGUAGGUUAACCCCCCUGGCCCCACCCUUCCAGUGCAUGGAGGAGAAGGCGGAAGAACUGAGGCACACGGAGGACAUUUCUAAGGUGUACAAUGAGACCCUGCCCUCCUAUGCCCAGACCACCGAGAUAGGGGAGGACACACUACCACUACACCAAGAGGAGGAGGAGCAGGAGCAGCAGGAGGUGGUGGAGGAGGUGGUGGAGGAGGACAAAGAAGAGGAGGAAGUAGUGGAGGAGGUGGUGGAGCAGGAUGUGGUGGAUGGAGUGGUGGAGGAGGUGGUGGUUGAUGGAGUGGUGGAGGUGGUGGUGGAGAAGGAUGUGGUGGAUGGUGUGGUGGAAAGGGAGGAAGAGAAAGAAGAGCAGAUGGAGGAGGAUGAAGGGGAGAGGGAGAAGGAGGUGGUGGAGGAUGUUGUGGUGGAGGAUGUGGUGGAGGAGGAUGUGGUGGAUGGUGUGGUGGAAAGGGAGGAAGAGAAAGAAGAAGAGCAGAUGGAGGAGGAUGAAGAGGAGAGGGAGAAGGAGGUGGUGGCGGAGGUUGUGGUGGAGGAGGUUGUGGAGCAGGAUGAUGCGGUGAAGGAAGUUGUGGUGGUGGAGGCGGUGGUGGUGGACGGGGAAGGGGGACCUCCAACCGAGGCGGAGAUGGAGGUGACGGAUACGAUAGAAGACACCAGACCACUGAGCAGAUUGAGCAAAGCCAGCAGCAGGGCCAGGUCAGACGAUCUCACCGUAUGAACCUGUGAGAGAAAACACACGCGCACACACACACACAUCGAACACAGGAGAACAUACACCUAACUCUAGACAACACACACUUAAAACAGCAGGGCUUAACCAAGGGAAACACAUGUAAAUCCAACAGGGAUAGAUUCAAUCACAAGUUACACAUUACCCUUAUGACGUGGGCAACAUCAUUCAACAAGGCAAAGGAAGAUCUGAGCUUGUUUGUGAGAUAAGUGAAUAUUAUAAAAAGUAGUGGUUAACAAGAGGAGGGAUAGAUUUUUUUUCAUUAAGCGUGUUCUUAUGUAAAAAAGGUAGAAAGGGCAAACAUGCAGAAAGGGGAAAAAUAUUUUUACUUUAACAAUAACCAAUGAAAGUUCACUAAUGUUUACAUAUUCUGGUGGGGUUGAAUGGGUAGGGGAAGAGAUUGAGCAUAUAUUCCUGUCUGCAAGGCAGUAACAUUACUGUAGGCAGGCAAGCGCUUUCAUUCCCAUACAGUCGGUGACAGACUGCAAUUAUGUAGUUGCAAACAUGUUGCAGGUGGAAGGGCUCUUAUACACCAAGUCCUUGCACGGAAAAAUCAUGGAACAAAAUUUACAAACUUAUGACUGACUCUUCAACACUAAGUUGAUAGUCAUUUUUUGGGAUGAAAAAUAGCAUCAUUUUGGCACACAUUUCCUAGAGAACAGAGCACUCUGUGCAAGGCCAAUAUAACCCUCAUAUCAACUCAAUUAUGCUUAGAUUUACAUUUCUUUCAAAUGAAGGGAGAUUUGCAUCUAUGUACAAGAACAUAUCUCUCCCUUUCAUGUUUAUAUGCAGCGUUGUACAGCCAAAAAGCUGGGUAGUGGAGAAAAACAAACCCAAAAAAUACCACAUGUUGAAUGUCUCUUUUCAAUGUGAUUCUACAGCUCAUCUUUUGGAUUGCUUAUAUAUUUUGUUGCCUAUAUAAUGCAAAAGUGUGAACUGUUAUAAUGAUGUCUUUUUGUGAAAGAGAGGAGUGCUGGUUUUGCCCGAUCACAGACUGGACCAUAGUAACAACCUCAGGCCAAAUCCUCUCUUUUCGCGCUGUACAAACAGGCUUCAGAGCGAUAAAGAUCACGCACGAUCAGCACAAAGUAUUGUGGAGCCACAGACAAUAAAAUAAACCACUCUCACAUAUGAAAAACAAGCUUCCUUGACAUUGUUGUGGGGGAAAAAUAGUUUUACUUGAUUUUAUCUGCCCUUGAUGUUCCUUGCCCCUGUACAAAUAUGAAAUACUUGUUUACAAAAUUUUGAAAGAAAAACAAUAAAUGGUGAAUCUCAUUGUACAUAAACUAUCAUCCUAUCCGAUGUCUAAUAGCAAACAUAAUGUUGAGACAGUUUAUGUUAUGAUAUUAUGUCUAGCUAAAUUACUAGAAAACAGUCAAGAAACAUCAUAAUGCUGCUCAAGUCACUGAUUUGGUAGGGAAAAUUAAGUGCUUAUCAAAAUUGAAUCAUUAUUUCCAUAAUUACCAAAGACUUGCUUUGCAGAACUUUGACCUUUCUUAUCGCUGUCCCAGAGAUGUUUUUAUUUUUACAUGUUUACAAAGUUGUUAGAGAGCAGAAUUCUCUCUUCCAAGUACUUUUUAAAUUAAAACAAAAAAACAAUUCCCCUUGAAAGGGAUGCCUUAAAGUAUGACUUAUGUGUAUUUAAUUGAAUAUUUCUAUAUUUUUCUCUCUUUGCUCUCUCUUCUUUAUUUAGAUUGCUUGGAUAUUUUGCUUUCCAAUGUAUAAUUGUAAUGUGCUUUAUCUGUCAAUGUAAAUUCUCAGAUGUCUUUGUAAAGGUUAAAGCAUUUCCAUUGCUCUGGGAACUAUGUGAAUGUCAUGUCUUAAAUUCAACAUUUUUUUCCCUUAGCUUUCAAAUAAUCCUUUGUACAUGCAAACACCCCCUUAAUUUGUUAGGGAAAUGUAAAGUUUGUCUGCAAAUAACUGUACUUGCUUCUCAGUCAGUGCUGUGCCUUAAAGCAAAGCAUUGGUCAAUGCAGCAGUGGGUUUAUCCAGUGGCACAGAUCAAAUGGUGCAGAAAAGCCACAAGCACACACUCACACAUGCAUACACGUGUGCAUGCACACACACUUCCAGUGUUGGUUUUGGGGGUAUGAUCAAACGGCUCUAGACAAACUCUGACAGAAAGGCAGCUUUGACCCCUUUGUGACCCCUAGCCACUAAUUUGCUUCCCAUAAGCCAAUGCUUUGACAACCUUGUGAAUGAGACAACAGGCUUUUCACAAAUGCAUAAUAGUUUAGCACAUUUCAACACCAAAAUAUAUUCCAAAAUGUCUUCUGGUUCUCAUGUAUGGUAAAUUCAUAUAACUGGUACAUGUGUGUUUUGUGUUUCAAACAGUUCCCCUUGCUUAAUUGUUUGUAAGAACAUUUGACUAAUCUUUGGAAAGAAAAGAUAACUUUUUACUAACUUCUAGUCCUCCUAGUUGUGUGGCUGUAUGAUCUUUUGGACAGUGAACCAAGGCAAUAAAAGGUCACACGUGG